CUCUUCGUUUUCAAUCUCCAAGAAUCGGUUGAGAUCGGAUUCAGAUGGCGACGUCGAGACAGUUGCAUGUCCUCUAAUCUCAACCAGGGAACAAGAUCUGCGUCGACUGUGCCCAAAAGAAUCUGCAAUGGGCUUCAGUCUCCUAUGGCAUCUUCAUGUGUUUGGAGUGCUCCGGCAAGCACCGUGGUCCCGACGUCUAUAUUUCUUUCGUCAGGUCUGUUACCACGGACUCUUGGUUUCGAUGGAGGUGAAGCAGGAAGACCAGGUUGCUUUGGCUGUCGUUGCUCACGAAGGAGAUGAGGUGGUGCCCGGCGGGUGGAACGGGUUCGGCGGUUGGCGCGGGUCGAACGGGUUUGGACGGGCCAACUCUCAAAACGGGCCGAAGCAUGCACUCGGCUCGUUUUUUAGCCCGGGUCCGGUUGAACCGGUCCAACCGAUCGGGCCGGGCCGGGUUUUAAAAUAAUGCUUGCAGGUAUAAACCAACAAAUCAUUUAAAAGAGUUGGCAUAUCACAAGUAACUGACAAUCCCGGUCUGGUUGGAACAUUAGCAAGAGCAAGUGGGUUCACUUGAGUCCUGCACAAGCCAUCUAUCACAAUUUAUCAUAAGCUUAAUAAGUGGUAGCUUUUGGG